AUCCCAAGAUGGAGGUUUACCUCACUUGAGGAUCAUCGCAGCGUAGUCAGUGUCGCUACAUGUAUCACUACAAACUGUCCUGAAAUGAAUGGCGGCAGCUUCUUGCUCCUUAAUGCUAAACCACCCAAUAUGUUACGUGGAAGAAAACAUUACAAAUGCCACUCAAUAUCGUUGCGUGGAAAACAUCAUAAUGCGCUCAAGCGAUCUGGCUCGAUGCUUUUCUUUAUGAAUGAGCACCUCGCAGAAAUGAUUCUUUUGAAUCUGGAUGCCCAUACUUUAGCGGCUUGUGAAGCAGUUAGCACAAAGUGGCGGGCUGUGCUGGCUAAAGGCCAGCUUUGGAGGAAAGUCAUAGAACGCAAUGUGCGUACGGAUAAUAUGUGGCGCGGGUUGAGUGAAAAGAAGAAGUGGCGAAAGUUCAUCUUGGUAAGUAGAGAUUGCGCUGCGCACGAAAUUUGUGAUAAUUAUCGAGUACCCUACGAAAUGAUGCGAGGUUCUGCUGAGAUGUGCGAUUUUCAUCACAUUUCGUACGCCUUCUCCCAGCUAUUGAGGAAGUUUAGAGAACUGUUCCCAAAAGUUGUUAGCGACAUUGCAAAAAUCGAAUCUAAUUGGCGCAACGGUGUUUACAAACUAAGCAGUAUCAACUGCCGAUCGGAAAAUAGUAAAGGUGUGUAUUGCUUACAAUACGAUGACGAAAAGAUUGUUUCUGGUUUACGGGAUAAUACUAUAAAGGUAGUGUCUCGUUAUGCCUCUUGGUUUCAUACAUAUUGUGUUUUUUGAAU